UGACAGAAUCUUUCUUAUCUAUUUUAUGUCUUUAAACGAAAAUAUUUCAUUAAUCCAAUUAAUUAUAAUUAAUGUAAAUAUUUUUACUAAUAAUUUAGUAUAUUUCGUGCAUUUAUAAUAAUAAAUAUGGAUUUGCAUCGCCCAGUUGAUCCUAAUAAGACCUAUGAAGAAAUGACAGCCGAAGAAAAAUUAAGAUAUGACCACCAAAAGUUACAUGAGAUGCAUCGCGGCCAUGAGUCUAUGCACACCACAAUGGUAUUAAUACUGAUCGGAACCCUCAUUGUGGCUCAGAUUAUUGUUGUGGAAUGGAAAAAAAGGCAUUAUAGGUCUUAUGCUUUCUUUACAAUGGUGGCGAUGUGGUCAAUACCAGUACUUAUGAGCAUUAAAAACCAAUGGUGGAGAUUCAUUACCAUAUGGUCUGUUUUCACACUUCUAACUGCUCUUAUUAUUAGGAAAUCUACACAUAAACCUAUGUCUGUUACAACCCCAAGAUUGGUAUAUAAAUGGUUCUACCUUAUAUACAAAUUAAGCUGUUUCCUGGGCGUGUUUGGGUAUGUGCUGAUGAUGCUGACAUUCCUCGGUCUAAACAUAAUGUUCGGACACAAGCCCCAGCAGUGGAUGGACGUGGCGCUAGUGUUCCUUUUCUACGGGUUGUACUUUGGAGUAUUAGGACGGGACGUCGCCGAGUAUUGUACUGAUAAAAUGGCCGCUACAAUUGGUUACUACACUCAAGAAGGCAUGCCGACCCGGCAGCUCGAGAGUAACGUGUGCGCAGUCUGCGGCAACCAAUUACUUGUAAAUGUUAAUGAAGAAGGAGUUUUAGAGAAUACGUACAAGUUGACGUGUGGUCAUGUGUUCCACGAGUUCUGUAUACGAGGCUGGUGCAUAGUGGGCAAAAAGCAGACCUGCCCAUACUGCAAGGAGAAAGUUGAUCUCAAACGGAUGUUCACUAACCCCUGGGACCGGCCGCAUAUCCUCUACGGUCAGCUACUGGACUGGAUCCGAUGGUUGGUUGCAUGGCAACCCCUCAUCCUGUUCCUCGCUCAAGGCAUCAACUGGCUGUUCGGAUUAGAAUGAGAAUGAUAGUGCUGUGAACCUUUGGUGACAACGUGUGUUCCACCGUAUCGUUUGUAGAUCGAACUGUCCUGAAUGAGAUACGUAAUACGUAAGAAUAAUUUCUAGUUUAAAUUCUUUUAUUGUAUUUUUUGUUGAGAUAGUUAUUUACUGUAUAUUUCGAACGCUUGAUUGUUACAUUUUGUAAUAUAUCUAAUUAAAAUACUUGGAAAGACUGAUAGGCUCGGAUAAAGUUUUUGGUUUUGCAUUUUUAAUUUACAAUUUAUAUUGCUAGGGUUUUUUUUGUUUUGUAUUUCCACUCGGGUGUUGAAGAGUGAAUUAAUUUUUUUUUUUUUUUUUACUAAUGAACAAUAAAUAUGAUUAAAAAAAAAUCUAUAAAUAUUUCUUUUAUGUAUGAUGCAAACAAUUAAAAUUUAUAAUCAGCAAAUUCUAAGGCUAAAAAGGUUAUACAGGUCAUCGUACUCAGCAAUAGUCGAUUGCUUGGGUACCUCUGUCCCAUUCGUGCUUCUACCGUGAAGCAGUUGUGUUUGCAUGGCUGUGUUUCGGUUUGAAGGGUGGGGGAUAUGGCGUGAAUUUACAGGGUACAGAGGAAUAACACCUGAGUCCUCAGGAAUGGCAACGCAUGGGGAGUAUCAUUGGCGAAAUAGUAUACUCUGUUGUGUCCAUGGUACUGCUCAUGUCUAUAGGCGACGGUUACUACUUUCCAUCAGGUGGGCCGACAGAUUGUUUGCCAUUUUAAGUUGUAUACAAAAAUAAUUCAAUAUAUAUCUUUCAGCGUCUUAGCACAUUUUGCAAUGAUGUAUACAAGUAAAAAUUAUACGUAUAGUAUAUUAUUGGGAUGAAUGUGGAAAGUUGAGAUAAUAUUUUACAUUUUUGGGUAGCCUUAUAACAUUCAGCCAGUUUGCCAUGCAAAUUUAGAUACUUAUAUUAUUAUACUUUACAACUAUCGAAUUCUUAUGUCUUAGGUGACAUUUUGUCUCACUCUGUAUCUUCUACAGCUUGUACAACGGAUUGUGCUCAGAGGAAUUGUUCAAUAUGAUGCCCACGGCCAUUCUCUACCAUCGUACGGCUCGCCUUUAACAGGGCGUUUACCCUCAUACCCUACAGCCUAAAUGGUCGUGUACAACGCGUUUUCAGAGAUAUUUCUUCCACGAACAAUUAGGUUAUGGAAUGAGCUCCCUGCCGAGGUUUUCCCAAAAGACAUGGGGUUCUUCAAAAGCUACGUAGGCUACGGUAACCGCUUACUAUCAGGUGGGCCGUAUGCUUGUUUGCCGCUUCAGUGGUAUGAAAAAAAAACUUUACAACUGUCCAGUUAUGAUCUAUAAACAAUACAAGGUGUUUGUAUAAUUUUUUUAUAGGCGAAGUACAUAGAAUAAGUAAAUGUAUGUAUAAAGGGUUUUUGUACUUUAGUGUACAUAGCUGAGAAUAUUGUGAGAAUUUGUGUGAUUGUGACUUCGUUAUUAUAUCGUUGUAGAGUGGUUGAGGUGUAAGGAGGUUAUUACACUAUCAUAUAUAGGAUCAUAUGUAUUAGUUAUUGACGUGCUUUUUAAUAUGUUGUGUUUUGGUAGAAACAAAAAAAUACUUUUGUUUUUACUUAAAUAAAAAUUAUUCCUCUUUCAAGAAUAAUGUAAGUAUGGAGUUCACUUGGUAUCAAUGUUUUAUUUAAUGUAUUUAAGAUUUGUAUGAUAUGUAUGAGAGUGUAAUGACCUCCAAAAUGUACCCAACGCGUGUGUCGUGUACGUUAAUUCAUAUCCGCAUUGGGCAGUACAAAACCUAGUCCAUGUAUUUAAAUGAUAUUGGUCAAAUGUGAAAUAAACAAGAUGUGACAAAGUCAUGACACAUUUUUGUCAUGAUUAUUCCCAAUUUGUAGACAGUUCGUAUAUUGAUAUAAUGCCUUUAACUGUCCACUGCUGAACAUAAGCCUCUCCUUAGGGGGUUUUGCCAGUAGUUGCCACGCUUGGCAGGUAGAUUGGCAACCACAGUCAGGCUUUAGAGAUGUUUUAAGAGGGACACUGCUGCCCAUCCCUCGUCCUCCCUUAAUCGGCUUUUACGACAUCCACGGGAAAGAAAGGGAUGGCCUAUUCUAAGCCACGAAUAAGGACCACACGGCCGCACGGUUUGUAUGUCUUGAGUUUAUUCUAUUUGUGGCAUAAACUUACAUUUUCAUAAUUUAAAAAACACUGUGCAUCGAAUUGAAAUCAAAUCGAAUAUACGUCAAACAAAUGACGUCCAUUUGACGAUUUAAUCCCAAUGUGAUUGUGAUUGACACAUCACAAUAUAAAAAUAAUGUAUUAUGAGCAUCUUUAUUUCCUUUUGCGUCUAAAUGUAAGUAAGAGUUAUGUCGUAUAGGGAGGUCAAAGAUGUGGCCUGAAAAUGAGCUGGCUGGAAAAGAACACAUGAAUUAGUUGACCCGAAAAGAAGAAAUUCUUAUUUUUUUUUUUUAAUUUAAGAAUGAGGGAAAGACAUUUGACCAGUAUCAUAAGAAGUAUUUAUCUAGAUUUGUGAGUAUUAUGUUAUUAUGGGUGUGGCCAUUAUGCGCAUUUUGCCAUUACGGUCAAAUUCAUAAGGUGUUCGGUAUUAUAACUUUUGGUCCAAUAAUUUAUUUUCCUUAAUACAUUAUUUAGAUUUUUUUUAAUGAAAUUGUAUGAUGUCCUCUAUAUUCUAUGUAAUUUUAUACAAUGGAGUCCUCUAUUGUACAAAAUCAAGUGAUGUUGUAACUUAUGAUGAUUGAGUCCACGGAAAUUUAAAGUGAUAAAGAGUCAAUACUCUGGAAAGGAAAAAUGUGGUGAGCACCAUUUAGUCAAUUUUACAAAAUAAAAAUGUUUUAGUUUUUUUUUAAUCAAAGAAAAAAAAAUAAGCAAUUGGUAAAUUGGCAAUAAUAGGUAUCUAAUAUAGUUAAUGUCUUAUUUAGUAAAACAGCUAAUAUUGCAUCUUUUUCUUUGACAUGAUUUUUGUUGACAUAUUGUGAUUUGGCCAAAUCGUCACCAAUAUGCUUCGGUUAAUUUAUUUAGACUCAAAAAAAAAAAAAGAAUAAAGUGAUAAAUCUUUAGUGAAAAAACACACGUCACGUUUUUUUUUAUCAGCGUAUAAAAAAAUCGUUUUUAAUAUAUUAACCUUGAUAUCGGUUGAAGUGCUUACUACAUUUUGCCUUUUCAGUGUCUACAUACUUACUCAAAAUAUUUGAUUUUCUUUGAAAUGUGAUUUUUGUAAUUCUAAUGGUAUUUUCGACUGCCUCCUUUGUAAAUACAAAUAUAUUUUUCAUUUAUUUAUAUUACUAUAUUUAUGUUGAGACGAUUAAAUAUGUGCCUAUAAAUUA